UUUGUUUUCCAGUUUGAAGAAGCUGAAUAUUUGGAAACAAGAGAACAAUAUGAAAAAUUACUUCAGGAUGGAUCCCUGCUGUUUCAACAAGUGCCCAUGGUAGAAAUCGAUGAGAUGAAGUUGGUGCAGACCAGAGCCAUUCUCAACUACAUAGCAGGGAAACACAACCUCUAUGGGAAGGACAUGAAGGAGAGAGCACUGAUUGAUAUGUAUGUUGAAGGAACAAUGGACCUGAAUGAAAUGAUCAUGCUUUACCCUUUCUCAUCUCCUGAGGAAAAGGAGAAGAAUUUUGCCUUAAUGAUUCAGAGAGCAACCAACAGAUACUUCCCAGUGUAUGAGAAGGUUUUAAAAGAUCAUGGACAAGAUUUUCUUGUUGGCAACCAGCUCAGCAGGGCAGACGUACAAGUACUUGAAUCCAUUUUAAUGAUUGAAGAGUAUGAGCCAACUGCUCUCUCAGAAUUUCCUCUAUUACAGGCUUUUAAAGCAAGAAUAAGUAACCUCCCUACCAUUAAGAAAUUUCUGCAGCCUGGAAGCCAAAGGAGGACCGAACCUGAUGACAGAAUUGUAGAGACUGUGAAUAAAGUUUUGCAAUUAUAAAAAGAGUUAAAAUCACAGCAAUAAAGAUUUUCACUCAGCAUUAGCAGACACAGAUGUAAUGCUCAGAGAAAUCAAGUGUUUUGGUUAUGAUAUGAGUACCAAAAAAUAGGAAUUAGGAAGCAGUUCAGGAAAUAAAUGCAUGUGCACUGAAGUAUGGCAUUCAGUCAAAAGGUAGUAAUCUG